CUCUUCCAUGCGUUGUAGGGGAGUGGAGCCAUUGGAGUGGCUGUGCAGAACAAUGUCAACCCAAUCUGCGGAUACGCAGGCGCUAUGUACAACAGGAACCUAAAAAUGGUGGGGAACCUUGUCCUGCUCUAGAGGAGAAGGCUGGCUGCCUGGAAUACCUGACUUACCAGGGAGAGGACUGCGGCCAUGAACAUGUCCCUGCUUUCAUAACUACCUCUGAAUACGGUAAAGAAAGAAAACGACGAGCAGCAUCUUCUCUCUGGCCUUCAGACAAAGAAGCAGCUGGAUACUGUGUGGAAUUUAAAACGGAAUCACUUUCACUCCACUGUGCCUUGGAGAAUCGACCGUACGCUCGAUGGAUGCAGUACCUACGCGAAGGACAUACUGUGUGUGUAGCUUGCCAGCCUCCAGCCAUGAAUACUGACACGCAUCGUUGUUCUGGAGAUGGCCAUAAUGCAGAUGGAGGUAAAAUCUUACACUGGGAAGCAGUUGGCAACUCUCAGUGCCAAGGAACCUGGAAGAAGAUUCGGCAACUGGAGCACUGUUCGUGUCCCCUUGUGCAUAGCUUUAUUUUUACAUAAAAGUUUAAAAGACCUUUAAAACAGCAACAACAAAAAGAUUAAGAAAAUUAACUUCAAUACCAAGAAACCUACAUCUUUCUGCUGCAUUUUCUGGAGCCUAAACAAACUUUAAAGGAGUCACAGCUUUGGAAGAAGCAUUUUGGGGAAACUCCCUCCACCUUAAUACAAAACGCUAAGAGUGAUCUUUGCAUUAGAACACUAGAAGCAUGUUUCCAUGUUCUCUUUUGUAAUUAAAAAGCAAAUGUUUC